GAGCCCUUGGCCGCCUAUUCGCCUUCCAGUUGCCUCCACGCUAUAUAAACACUCAUUGGUGCCUCUGGCUUGACGCACACACACUCCUUGCGCACGCAUGCACAAUACACACACUGAGGGUGACUUGUAUAGGCAGCCAGAGAGCGAGAGAGAGAGGAGAGAGAGCGCUCUGAGAAACAGAAAGGUACACAGAGAGGAGAGUGGACGUCAGAAAGUAAGAGAAGGAGAAGGAGGACGGCAGCUCCUGAGCAUCUCCUGCGCACCCACGCAUCCCUGUACGCUCACGGAUCUUAAACAUUUCUACUCCUCGUGUUUGCGCCACAGAGACGUGACUUUUUAAUGCAAAGACGCCUUUUGAUUUUCUCUUUAAAAAAUAUUUGAAGGAGACGCGAUUCCUGGAAGAGUUUUCGUUUAUUUUUUUCCUCUCUCACCUUAAACCAACUCUUUCCAUCCCUCGAGAAGUUUUAAAAAGUAAAAAGCCCUCGUCAGUUCCAGGGCUCGGCUUCACUUUUUCCACGUGUCCCCGGGAGUCCCGGCGUUUGAAAUACACGUGUCACCUUAGAGAUCAUUUUUUUCUUUUUCUUUCUUCAGCAAUUUUUUCCAUCUCCCUUUUUUAUUUUUAUUUUUAGUCAGUAAUUCACAAACGAGACUAAAAAUGAUAUUUCAAACAUCAGGACAGACCCCAGCCAAGAGAAUUCCGUGUCCUAAAUGUUUCAAUCAUUAAAACAAAGCGAGUUUUAAUAGUUUCACUUUCCCCCCCACACUUCAUAAGCUGAGGCGUGAUCCUGAAGACGCGGGGAGCUCACCUGUAGCGUCUCUGCCCAGUUCAGCCGAGCCUGAUUCGCACCUCUGAGGCACAGAGACGCCACUUUGUGACUGUUUUAAAACACAGACCCACGAAAUCAGAAAGGAACUUUACACACUUCAUUCAUUCUCAGAGCAGAGCAGCCGCUGCCUCCUGACACCUCCAGCGCGCGUAAAAAGAGCGCUGCGCUAUUUUACGCAAAAAAGAACUUUGAAAGUUUGACGAAGAUUUACUUUGCCCCCUUUUUGGAGCACAAAAGUUUCAGCGCAUCUUUCUCCAAAGUUUCUGAAAGUCGACCCCAGUUCCGCAGAGAUCACCGGGCUCUCCAUCACCAUGCUGUUCGACACUUUCGACAUCGUCUCCGCUCUGGCCACUCUGGCCGCUUGCCUGGUGUCCAUGGCCCUGCUCCUCGCCGUGUCCCAGCAACUGUGGCAGCUCCGUUGGACGGCCACGCGGGAUAAAAACUGCAAGCUGCCCAUGCCGAAAGGAUCCAUGGGCUUCCCCUUCAUCGGCGAGACCUGCCACUGGCUCCUGCAGGGCUCGAGCUUUCAUGCAUCACGGAGACAGAAGUACGGCAACGUGUUCAAGACCCACCUGCUAGGCCGUCCUGUGAUUCGGGUUACGGGCGCAGAGAACGUGCGCAAGGUGCUGAUGGGCGAGCACACUCUGGUGGCGGUGGACUGGCCUCAGAGCACGUCCACGCUGCUGGGACCAAACUCACUGGCCAACAGCAUCGGAGACAUCCACCGCAAGAGGAGGAAGGUGUUUGCCAAAGUGUUCAGCCAUGAGGCCUUAGAGUCGUACCUCCCUAAAAUCCAGCAGGUCAUCCAGGAGAGUCUCAGAGUGUGGAGCUCUACGCCUGAGCCCAUCAACGUCUACAGGGAGAGCCAGAGGCUGUCCUUCACCAUGGCUGUCAGGGUGCUGCUGGGCUUCAGGGUGACGGAGGAGGAAAUGAAGCAUUUGUUCUCAACCUUCCAGGACUUUGUUAACAACCUCUUCAGUCUGCCCAUAGACCUGCCAUUUAGUGGCUACAGAAGGGGUAUCCGUGCACGAGACACCCUUCAGAAGAGCAUAGAGAAAGCCAUCAGGGAGAAGCCCAUGUGCACCCAAGGCAAAGAUUACAGUGACGCGUUGGAUGUCCUAAUGGAGAGUUCCAAAGAGAAUGGCAGCGAGCUCACCAUGCAAGAACUCAAGGAAUCAACCAUUGAGCUGAUCUUUGCUGCCUUUGCCACCACUGCCAGCGCAAGCACCUCCCUUAUCAUGCAGCUCCUCCGCCACCCGCAAGUCCUUGAGCGCCUGAGGGAGGAACUGAGAUCCAGGGGUCUCCUUCACAACGGCUGCCUCUGCCCAGAAGCAGAACUGAGACUCGACACCAUUAUCAGCCUGAAGUACCUGGACUGUGUCAUCAAGGAGGUGCUGAGACUCUUUACUCCUGUUUCUGGGGCCUACCGAACCGCCAUGCAGACCUUCGAACUGGACGGAGUCCAGAUUCCCAAAGGCUGGAGUGUGAUGUACAGCAUUCGGGACACCCACGACACUGCUGCCGUCUUCAAAGAUGUGGAUGCCUUUGACCCUGACCGCUUCAGUCAGGAGCGGAGUGAAGACAAAGAAGGACGCUUCCACUAUCUGCCUUUUGGUGGCGGCGUCAGGUCCUGUCUGGGAAAGCAGCUCGCCACCCUCUUCCUUCGCAUCCUGGCGAUUGAGCUGGCCUGCACCAGCCGCUUCGAGCUGGCUACGCGGAACUUCCCCCGCGUGAUCACGGUGCCCGUUGUCCACCCGGUCGAUGGGCUGAAGGUUAAGUUCUACGGAUUGGACUCCAACCAAAAUGAGAUCAUGGCCAAGUCCGAAGAGCUCCUGGGAGCGACAGUUUAAAAGGGUGGAGGGGUUGAUGAGUGGGGGUAGGGGAGGAGAGCAGAUUUGUAAGGGAGAAGAUUUGAGAAAGGAAGGAAUACAUUUUAGAGUUAUCUUUUCCUUUCCACCUUUUUUUUCAGCCAAGAAGGAGAAGUCUUAAUGUUAUGCUACAGCUGAUGAUUUGGACUUUCCUUUAAGAAAGAAAGAAGCUGCCAAAAAAAGUUCUAGAGUUCUAUACUAUACAAAGAACUAUAACACAAAAAGUAUGUACAAAAAAAAGAAAACAAAAAAAACUAUGUAAUAUAAUUUGAAAAAGAAUGUGGGUAGUGCACAAAGGGAGAAAGAGAGUUGUGGUGGUACUUUUGGUGAAAUGAAGUGUAGAAAAGUUAAAGAUGGUUGUCAAUGGGAGGCGAGAUGGAUGAAACAGGGUAAAGGACAAACAAAUAUGAUAUUCUAGCAUUUAUGCUUGUGCUUAAUCAAAAAAUGAGUGAACCAUUUCAGUUGUAUAGCAGGGUAAGAGAGAUGGAUAUAUAGACUUAAACAUUUCAGGUUUCAUGAUCCUUUAGUCUUUUUCAUUUCCUUCUUAGUGGUGCCCUCCAAAUUUAAUCCAUGUCUUUUUAGUGUAUGGUAGUGGUAGCUUUUUUUGGGUUCUUUCCAAUUCAAGUUCUUUACUAGCACUCGGAUGCACCCUAAAGGAUCGUUGCACACUGGGUAGCAGGUUGUGCAUCACUUUAGCUCUAUACCAUUAACUGUAUGAUGAUGCAGUAUAUACUUUUGAGUGGUUUAAACUUGUACUGCUAAUUAGUGUCAAGUAUCAAUGAAGAAUGUAUUUUAAUGGGGAAGAUACGCUGGACGGCUAAGUUGAGGGGCAGUACUCAAACCACACUGAAGUGAUGUAAAUGGGCAAUUUGUUUCUUAUGACAACAUUGCCUUUCCUAUCUGCCUCUAACAGUUUCCAUAUUACCUCCACUCGUGCACCAUAAAGUAAAAUAAGCUUCUCAAAGUACUAGCAUCGCAAAGAAACACAUACAUAAAGGCUAAGAGCUGCAGAGCUUUUAUCCAGGAGGGAGGGGGGAUUUUAAUGCAAAGUGCAGCUGCAAUCACAGUAAAGAGAGGAACUAGGGAGCCUCAAACUCUUUGAGAUAUAUCUUGAAAGAAUAAAAUCAUGCUGGAAGGACAACGUGCUUUCUGGCUCUAACAUUCCACUUAAAAAGCCCUAAAAAUGGGAACUGAGUUCAAGAGAAGCUCAAAGAAAGCCUUACUUCCUUAAUUCCACUUUGAACCUUGAGAUUGUUUUUCAGGUUGCCCGUCUGCAUUAAGUCAGAAUCUUGCCCAUAUAUACAAAUCCUCAAUUAUCUAAAAAGUGAAUAAACUCAGGUGCAGAUUAGGCACUAUGGUGUAGAACUGAUAAGCCUUCUUUAAUAUUUAACUAUGACUGCACAUAACAGGACUAUCCCUUACUCGCCGCCGUAACUUCAGAGCUGGAUUGAUGUUUUUUGCCCAAAUCAAAAAGAAGAAAAAAAGAAGAUGAAUCAUGGGGUGAGCAACUUCAAACAGCAAUUCUUUUUCUACUUGACAUGUUACCCUUCUGCAACCAUUUUGCAUCCCCCAAAGCAAACAAUUUUGUUGGUGGAAGCACAAACAACCGACAGGAAUUCCCAUUCGGCAUCACACAAGAUAAAAGCAAUGGAAUCCAGGUCAAAAGUAACGUGGUCCAGGUCUGCUUUGUAAAUUCUCUGAACCUGUGCUUUGAUUUGAUUUGAUUUUUUAUAUACCACACUACCAAGUUGCAUUGAGAUUGUACUCUCUCUCGGGUGGACACUUUGUCCCGCUAACAAGGAAACAAGUAACUUUAAGGACUUGCUCCGAGAGAGAGAGAGCAGUGAAAAAAAGAAGGGUAAGGCGGAGGUGGAGAGAAGUCCUACAUACAUGCUGCUUGAAUGUUGCUUUGUCAUUCUGCGUUUGUUUAUUUGUGUGCUGUUUUUAUUUGCGUUGCUCGCUGGGGCGGCCAUUUUGAGCUCUGCGGAAAAAAUUGACGCUCUGUCUUGCUGCUCCUCCAAUCAACACUAAGAAUGCAAAAACAAAAGUAAUUCCACGGUUUAAGCAACUUUAUGAGCUGAAAGAGAUUUAUUGCUCGAGGUGAUUGCACAAUCAGAACUCUUGGAGAUUUUUGUGUUCCAUAAUUGGAAAGGAACAUCCAGUUCUUUUUCCCAUAUAUGGAAAGCUUCUAACAGCGGAAAUCUGGGACUUGUUUGGGACAUUCUGAGCUCCUUGGACAGAGUUCUAUGUUUUGAGCUUGGGAGAGAAGGACCAAUGAGGUUUUAGGGGAGGACAGGGUGGCACUCAGAGUUUUUUUGUUUAUUUUUAAAUAAAAUUUGAUAUCUAAUUGGACCAUCCUGUUGUCCACUAACAUUCCAGAUGGAUCCUGCCUGUGCCAGAUGUUGUUCACUCUUUCUGCCAACCACACCACUGAUCUCGUCAUGAUGAAAAAAUAUGAACGUAGAUAUUUUUGUUUUUGGUUUUGCUGCUUUUCUUGUGUACAUUUUCUAAUUGAGAG